GAUUAACCGAGAAGCAUCGACAAGUAUCUCAUAUAAAACAUCAGGCCCUUCCUGAGCGCAAUCAUAUACUGAACAACGUGUCGUUGUCACAGGGCGUGCUUUGCUUCCGGGAGGCCGGUGAUAUAAAAAGAAUUUAUUUCGGCAGGAUCGACGACGGAAAAUGCCCUCGAGAUAGAAGAAAUUGUACGGAUACACCAAGUCACGAAAGCUGGCCAUUGCAAGAAUGUCUGAAACUACUAAACCAUGGAUUUUGACACCACUGCUCGAAUCAGGCGUGUUGUCAAAGAUCGCUGGAUGCCGAAUCUUUUUGAAGCUUGAGAACCUCCAACCAUCAUCUUCAUUCAAAUCACGCGGUAUUGGCAAUAUGGUGCUGACGAGUAUCGACCAACACAAAGAGAACUCAUCUGAUGAUAGACCUCUUCACUUCUUCUCGUCGUCCGGAGGCAAUGCUGGCCUCGCGUGUGUCACGGCAGCGAAGUCUCUAGGCUACAAAGCUUCAGUCGUUGUACCGACCAGUACUGAUGACUGGACCGUGCAAAAGCUUUUUGCCUCCGGUGCAAGCGAGGUUAUAAUCCAUGGUGACAGCUGGUUCUAUGCAGAUGAGUAUCUCCGGGAGACUGUCAUCCCCAAAGCCGAGGAACGCGGCGAGAAAGGCAUCUACAUCCAUCCUUUUGACCGUCCGGCGAUAUGGGCUGGCGCCAGUACCAUGAUUGAUGAACUCAAGGAACAGAUGCCUGAAAGACCAGAUGUCAUAAUCUGUUCUGUAGGUGGAGGAGGUUUGUUUUCCGGGAUCAUGCAGGGUCUGGAUCGUGUCGGAUGGGGUGAAGAUGUCCAAGUGCUGCCGGUCGAAACAUUGGGGGCAGACUCGUUGGCACAGUCAGUAACCAAUGGUGAGCUGGUCACUCUUCCAGGCAUCACAUCAGUCGCGACAUCAUUGGGUGCCAUUCGAGUCGCGGAGCAUGCCUUUCGCGAAGCCCAGCGGCCCAAUGUCAAGCCUAUCGUCCUUGAUGAUGCCGAAGCCUGUGCGGCGUGCUGGCGCUUUCUCGACGAUGAACGAUAUCUCGUCGAACCUGCCUGCGGAGUGAGUGUCGCCUUGGCUUAUGAUGGACGUUUAAAUCACUACCUUGGCAAGUUUUCUCCCGAGACUAAGGUGGUCAUCAUCGUCUGCGGCGGUUCGAAGAUCUCAUUGGAGCUGCUUAACAAAUACAAAAAAAAAUAUCAAGAGUCGAGUGAAGCAGCGGCUGCGAAAUACAAGUGCUGAGUUGAUGGCAUCGUUACACGACCAACAUCGGCCGGAUCCUUGAAAUGCGAUGCCGUUUCGAACACAUCCGUCACCUCCGGCUCGAGAUAUCUACCAAAUGUGGUAAUGACUUCUAAUAUCUUGAUACGGGCGCAGGCCAAUCGUGAAUGAG